AUGGGUAGCGAAAUCGAGCAGUUGAAAGCGAUAGUAGAGAAGCUACAGGCUGAGGUAACGCGUUUGAGUGAUCAGGAGGACAUCCGCAAGCUUCAAUAUACGUACGGCUAUUAUCUCGACAAGUGUCUAUACAAAGAGGUCGCCAACCUCUACGCAGACCAUCCUGACACAUGCGUUGAGUUUCUCGGAGGCCGAUACAACGGCAAAGAGGGCGUCCAGAGACUCUAUAUAGGUCGCUUCGCCAACUCCUUCGUAGCCGGGCGCAAUGGCCCUGUCCAUGGCUUCCUCCUUGAUCAUCCACAGAUGCAGGGCAUAGUCGACGUUAACGCGGAAGGUACACGUGCCAAAGGUCGCUUUCGCAGUAUGAUGUCAGCCGGUACCCACGAUAGCAUCAAGGACACACACCCUCGCGGUCUGGUACAGUGGUGGGAAGGUGGCGUAUACGAGAACGAAUACAUCAAAGACAACGGCGUAUGGAAGAUCUUCAGAUUGAAGUACUUUCCUUUCUGGCAUGCGACAUUCGAAAAAGGCUGGGCGCACACCAAGCCCAACUACGUGCCGUUCCUCUCGAAAACGUAUCCAGAGGAUCCAAAUGGGCCAGAUGUGCUAUGCGAUCAUCCGAUGCUCUGGCCAGACACGCGCGUUGUGCCGUUCCAUUACAAGCAUCCUGUCACGGGUGAGCAAGUCGCCGACGAUGAUCUCAGAGCACCACACUUUGGCAAAGAUCCUUCAACAAGCAGCCCUCCACUGGUGCUGAGCAAACCACAAUCGGAGACGAAUGGUGCAGCUUAG